AGCCAACCAAUUCCUACCUUACGCUACCAAAUCCUAGCCGAACGACCUCACAUAACCACUUCCGGAUUCUGAAUCACAGCAACGUUUGACGACAAGCUUCGCAGAAUACCGGCACCAUGUCUACCCGAAGGCCCCAAUUCUCCCAGCAGCUGCUCAUUGACACCACUCCGUUGCCCGCCGAUAUUCCCGCCGUCAAGGAGGUCGGUGCCAGUUCUGCUCCUCUCCUCUCGGCCUCCUUCUUCAUCGGUGCUCGAUGCCGCGACUACAAUGACGAUUAUAUGCAAUGCAAGAACGAGAACCCUGGUCGAGGAGAGCUUGAGUGCUUGAAAGAGGGCCGACGAGUCACCCGAUGUGCCUCCAGCGUUAUUAAGGAUAUCAACACCCACUGCCUGGCUGAGUUCCGCAAGCAUUGGGAGUGCCUCGACAAUCGAAAUCACCAGUUGUGGCAGUGCCGUCCUGCUGAGUGGAAGCUCAACAAGUGCGUCUACGACCAUCUGAAACUCGAGAAGAAGAUCCCCGAUCAGCCAACGAACUCGACCCCUGUUCACCUUCGACCAAAGCAGAUCUUCGCUGAUGUGCGCAUCGGGCCUGGAGACGGCAAGCCCUUCGUUCCGGGGCAGGAGGAUGCGCAACAAUAGAGCGCUGGAAUCUAUUAAGAUCGAGGUUCGGUCAUGUACAUUUGUCGAUGAAUCAAAGAGAAACUACCAGCUAUCAAAUCAAAAUUCGUUUGCUCACAUCCAGUAUUAUACAUCAUCGACUACUAAGCUCCAGGUCCUGUAUCCAGUUCGAUAUAGUCUUAUUUACUCGAUUCACCAAGCCAAGCAACAUAUUGAUUUAUGGUGACAUUUCACUCAUCAACCCAUCCACCGGCAUCUCGAUGUCAAUAGCUGCUACCACAUGAUAUUGUUAUGGCGCCUUUCAACCCGCUAUGGAGGCUCUGGUCUCAGCAUGUCGUUUAACCUCACACAGAUCAAGCGCAUCAACAGCAGUUACUGGUCACAACAUUGCAGCCCCAAACGCAACAGAACCUACAGCAUCAUGCAGCGAGCCUUCGGCGCAUGAUACACGGCGCUCCAAGACAUUUGAGGAAAAUUACCCACCAACACUGCAAUUCGGCUAAUCGGUGGAGCCACAAUUCGGCAUUUCCUUCUUUUGUGAUCUGGUGAAGACCACAUGACGAUAUGGAUAUUUUAUGGGUAGAGGUAUAUCAUCACGAUGCAUGAGAUUUGUCGGUAACAUCCAAAGGAGCUGCCGAGGUCACCACCACGCCGUUUUACAGUGACCAACACGGAUUUUGGCGAGGCCGGAGGUCGGACUCGUAGUGACCAAAAGCAUUUGAUAUGCAACAAGCAUGCUCCUUGAGCCGCAUGUAUGAGGAUGGUCACAAGUUUGAACCUAGAGUAUGGCCUUCUUGUCGAUGACUGGCCCUCAGAGUCGCACAACCUCAAAUAUGCCCCAGACCAUGCACAUGAUGAUUUCUGUGUCGCUGGCCCUCGAGCCGGGGCUUUUGUUUCGGCCUCAUUUAGACUCGUUCAGGCAGCGUAACUGUUUUCAUGCAACUAGCCGUUUCGUUUCAAGUAAACGUCGGCCAGCAGAGGGAACGAUUGGCUUGGUGUGAUGGGCAGAAACCUACGCUGGAACCGACAUAUGCACGCCGUGAGGGUACAACUGGCGGUAACCUGCUUUCCUGACUGAGUAGAGGCUCGUAUGUUAAGCGAGAUACAGGUUAACGUAGUAGCUAGACUCUUGAUACCGUGCAUUGAGCUUGGCAUGGCCAAAGUCACGUCUAUUGAAACGGGCUUCCUACUUCAAGUUUACUACUACCUACAGGUAGAGUAGGAACCUCUAGCACAAGUGCAUUUUAACACCA